AUGCCUAGGUAUGAAGAAGAUAACGUGCCUAAUUAUGCACAGAACAUACUUUUGAUUGUCUUGUCGUUCAUAAUUCCUCCUGUACCCAUAAUUAUGCUUUCGGAUAACUCCAUUUUUACCAAAGAGUGUCUUAUAUCAGUCAUUUUAACACUACUUGGGCAUAUUCCAGGUGUACUCUUUAGUUUAUACUAUAUUCUUAUUGAAUAUCCGAAAAGAGCCACCAGGCAUUCUGGAAGAGACGGUUAUAUAAGAAUUGAAGAUGAAGAUGAGAUAAGACCUAUCCAUGCUACUGAUAGUAACCAAUUUGCUCAAGAUCAGCAAGAAACCCAAGGAUCUCUGUUAAACGUACCACAAGACAAUGAAUCUGAAUCAUUGCAUCCACCACCACCAAACUAUGAAGAUAUAGUUGGUGCAAGUGAUAGCCAGAGAGAUAGUAAACUGGCUGGUGAUAAUAAAGUGCAAUAUUAG